GCGCGCAGACUGCACGACACAACCAGUGGCAGUGCACAGUGGGCUCAACGCAGCCGAGCAGACCACACUGUCAAUAGUGUCCAUGUUUCAUAACAAUAAUAGAACGAAGCGAGCGUAAUGAUCAAUAAACUGCUGCUGGUUUGCGCAGGUUUGGGAUGUGCGCUGGCGUAUCAACACUACGACCAUGCAGAUUUUUCAAUGCCCAAGCCCUCGACUAAAUCCCAAACGCUCGCGGCUCCUGUCAACCCCCCGCCCGCCACCAACCCCUUGCUCCCCGCUAACCCCGCACCCCCGGCUAAAGCAGAGUUUUGGACCGAGCCCUCAGCCCCCGGCCCCGUGACGGUGACGCCGGCGGGCGCGGUCCGCGGCUCGUGGAUGGACUCGCGGCUCGGGCGCCGCUUCCAGGCUUACCGCGGCAUCCGCUACGCGCAACCGCCCGUAGGAGAACUACGAUUCCAGCCUCCAGUUGACAUGACAACAUACCCAUCAGAGGUAGAUGCCAGCGAAGAUGGACCGGCAUGCCCAUUGCCUGUCAAACCCGGCGAAUACUACGUGGACGAAGACUGUCUCCGGAUCAACGUCUACACUCCAAAGAACAGCAGUGGUCGUAAGAUGCCAGUGAUCUUUUUCAUCCAUCCGGGAGGUUUCUACUUGAUGACCGGACGCUCCGACUUCUUUGGGCCUGACUAUCUGCUUGAUAGGGACAUCGUGUUGGUUACCAUCAACUACCGACUGGCCUCUCUUGGUUUCCUGAGCACUGGUGACUCAGUAGCACCCGGCAACAACGGCUUCAAAGACCAAGUGUCGGCGCUUCGCUGGGUGAAUCGAAACAUUGCUGCGUUCGGCGGUGACCCGGGAAAGGUCACCAUCGCUGGAUGCAGUGCUGGAUCCGUCAGUGUCAUGCUACACAUGAUUUCUCCAAUGUCUAAAGGAUUGUUCCAUCGAGCGAUAGCCACGUCCGCCUCCCCCAUGGGUAAAACACCACUGCCCCCGCACCAAAUACAUUUAGCGCAAAAACAGGCAGAGAUCCUAAAUUGCCCCACCAACUCAUCGCAAGCUAUUGUCGACUGUCUAAAAACUAAGUCCUGGCUAGAAAUGGGCAACUCACUUUUAGGAUUCUGGGAUCGAUUUGGCUUCGAUCCCAUAGGUAUCUGGAGCCCUAUUUUGGAACCUGACGUAGGUCAGCCGCGCUUCCUCGCCGUGCAGCCUGAUGAGGCAGUACGCAAGGGAAACAUGCACGCAGUGCCGCUGCUGAUUAGCCAAACCGAGGACGAAUUCUACUGGAAGGCAUUCAGUGUCACUAAGAACAAAACUCUUCUUGACCGUAUGAAUGCCGAAUGGGAGGAAAUAGCACCAAUUUCCUUUGCUCUCCCCGAAAACAACUCUGCAGCGGCCAGUCGUCGUCUAAAGGAGGUGUAUCUCAACGGCGAACCAGUUGCGGACACUCCUGGGAGUAAUAAAGGUCUUGGGAUGCUGUAUGGGGACAGCUGGAUCGGACUUUCCGUGCACAGGAUGGCGAACUUAAUGUGUCGGCACUCGCCACAUCUAGUAUGGUACAGCGUCUUCAGUUACAUAGGCAACAAUAGCUUCUACGAGGAUCCGCAAACUGGUGAACAUCCGGGAGCAUCGCAUGAGGACGACUUGAUCUACCUGUUCUCCAUGAGUUACUUCCGUCCUCCGAUCAAGGCUCGCUCGCCGCCGCCGCCCGCGCCACAAGAUUAUAUCAUCGUCGAGCGCAUGACCGCCAUCUGGUACACCUUCGCUAAACAUGGGGACCCAAACCCUCGUGAAGGCGAGUUGCCGGAGCUGUCCUCGCUGCACUGGCCAGCUAUGAAGCCCGAGGACAGGAAGUACCUGAGGGUGGACCGCCAGUUCUCCGUGCACGAGAAACUGCACGAGGAACAGCUGCAAGUCUGGGACGAGCUCUACCCCAUGCAGUUUUAAGCUCUAAUGAUUUCGACUGUGAAAUUGUGAAUUCUGUGACACCAACCAGUUGUACCAAUAGUCAUACCAACCAAGCAGAAGGCAGAAUUUUAGGAAAAUUAUAACGUUUGUGGUGUAAAUUAUAGCCUGUGUGGUGACGGGUAAAGAAUUUCACCACCCCCUUUCUUCCCGUGGGUGUCGUAGAAGGCGACUAUGGGAUAUGGGUUAAAUUGUGGCGUAGGCGAGAGGCUGGCAACCUGUCACUGCA